AUGGCUUCGGCGAUCAACGGUCCGAUUAUGAUCAAGCAGAUCGUACGGCUGAGAAACGUCGUCAGGCGUUGGAAGGCCAAAAGCCUAACGCGCCGCCGCACGGCGCCAUGUUACUUCCCAUCUCCGCCGUCCGUACGAACGCCGGCGGGAUGCGUCGCCGUAUACGUCGGCCCCGAGCGCCGCCGGUUCGUCGUUCCGACGCGGUUCCUCAACCUCCCGGUCCUCGUGGCGCUUCUCGAUCAGGCUGAGGAGGAAUUCGGUUUUCCGGCCGACGGCGCCAUCGUCCUCCCCUGCGACGCCGGAUUCUUCCACCAGAUCCUCCGGCUGCUCGACGAAGACGAAGCGCGGUUCGCCGGAUUCCGCCUCGACCAGUUCCUGCAGAUAAUUCCGCCGCUUCACAUCGAUUCAUUGCCGUCGUCGUGUACAGUGCCAUUGUUGCCGGAGAAGAUGGAGGGCUUGAAGGUCUGA